AUGCUCGGCGGCUUGGACGGCGGCGCCCUCGGCUUCCUCUACUUCGGUUCGACGACGGAGUCAGCCGCGGCGUGGGGGACGACGUACUUCUUUGGUGCCAUGGCGGCCGGCUGGGAGAUCAGCUUCCGCAACUUGUACUUGCGCCGGCUCUCUUCUGCGCCAGACAAAAACCAGUUAGUGCUAAUAGACGGCUAUGGUUCAACUAAUCUAGGCCUGACUGCCGCCAACAACUGGUCAAUAUAUGAUGGCGCUGGUUCGGAUGCAAAGCUGGUUGCCCGUGCACAAGGUCUGCAGACCAACGUUGCAGGCAACUGGUACAAUUCAUUAUUCAUGGUGUUUGAGAUUGAGAGGUUCAAGGGGUCCACGCUUGAGAUAAUGGGAGCAACUGUUGAGAGCGAUGGUGAGUGGGCAAUUGUCGGCGGGACCGGUGGCUUCGCAAUGGCGCGUGGUAUCAUCCAGAGGAAAGUACAUGAAAAGAGAGCAGAUGGAGAAAUACUGGAGCUUACCAUCGAUGCAUUCUACCGCACGAAAAUGAAGUGCAAGAUGUCUAGAACGACGUGUUGGAUCCACAGCAAGAUGUCUGACGACUCCGUUGUGGCAAUUAUCAACGGAGAGGUCGUCCUCACCAAGGCCAACCAGAGUGAUGAACGCCAGGCAAGGAUAUCUGUCUAUCUAUCUGUUUGA